AUGGGGGAUGAAGGUUCUCGCAAAAAAAGAUCAUUUAGUGAUGGUCAUUUUUUCAAAAAACUGAAAUUGAUGUCGAGGAAAAAGCAACCUGUUGUGGAAAGAAGUAAAACUACUCGUACGAGGAAAGAAUCCACCAAUUCCGCAGCAAAAUCUUCGCUAUCAUUAAGAAGAGGCAACAAUGGCAGAAAGACCAUCGCUAAGAGAAGAGUGCUGACCGAUAUAGGCUCUACUAAUGAAGGUGUUGCUGGUAACUCUGUCUCAAACUCACCUACUCAUGAUUCUCAUAAACCUCAUUUUAGUGAUUCUAUCCCACCACUGCCUUUAGAACUACCAGAUAUCGUUUCAAUAAGGAGCAGUAGAAGUCAUAUUAGCAAUAAGAGUAAUAAGAACAAGCAUGGUAUAGACUUAACGUUCAUACCUCGAAGAUCGCUACAAAAUUCCAAGGCCGGCCUAAAGAAAUUGAAUACUUCUCCACAAGGUUAUUUUAAUAUUCCGGUUACCAUAGAUAGAGCAAGUGAAAAAGUCAAACAUACUGAUACUAAAAACACGUUCAACUCAUCUUCUUCUGAGAAUGAACGGCCAGUUUUAAGCACCUUACAGAAGGACGACACUCAAAGUACUUCGCAUCCAGCUGUUGAUACGAUGUCUGCACCAAGUAAUAUUACCGAUAAUAAAGAAGUAGAGAAUUCUUCAAACAGUUUAUUUGAUACUAUUCUUUCAAUUGCUCAUAGUGCGAUAUCGCAUGUCCCCAAAAUUUCAGCCUUAAAUACUGAAAUACAACGUGAGUUAUCGCACUCCGGUGAAAGCCAUAAAGGUUCAACUCGUCAUUCUUAUUUACAUCAUCACCAUGGACAGCGGCAACAUCCCUUGGCACAACAGCAGGGGCGUCUGCCGGUUUCUGAAAAUGCUAAUCAAAAUCCUAAUGACACGGUACUCAUUCAUUCGCCCUCCGCCAACACAGCCCAUCGCAGUUCAUCUUUUUUGCGUCAUUUAGAUUAUCUGCUAUCCCCCACUUCUGGCACAACCUCUGAUAACCAUGCUCAAGCUGAGGAAGAGGAUGAUGAGGAAGAAUUUUCGCCCCUUUCUAAAGCAUUUCUUUCGCCAUCAACCCAACUUGUUCCUACAAACACAUCCACUACGCCGCUUUCCGAUUCAUUGACACCUAACAAUAGAAACACAAAUGCAAAUUCCAACUCUGAAACUGAGAAUGACAAUGACAGGGACGAUAGAUCAAAUGUUGGCAAAGUGAAAUUUCAACCCUUGAAAGUGCACGAGCCUGCAAUUUCGACUUUUGGUAAAGGAAACUUAACUUUAGAGGCAGUGGCUGGAUCCUCUGAUAUCGAUAACACAACUAUUGAUCUGGACGAAAAUAAUACCAACAAUAACAACAACAAUAAUCCGAAUGCAAGUCCAACAAACUUGAGCCAUAUUAGCAAAAGUAACAUGAGCAAUAAUCUAGGGCCCAAAGAAUUGAACACAAGUUAUCGUAAUAGUAGCUAUAUUGAUAUGGCAAGGUUUGAAAAUUCACAAUCGAACCUCUCUAACCAUAGGGCAAGAAGUAAGACUCUACCAGCAAAUAAAGCGUUAGAAAAUGCUGCAACUGAUGAAAAUAAUAGUAAACGAAAUUCAAGAUACUCUUCUUAUUCCAACGACAUGACUUUUGAUGAUACUGAAGAAAGAAAAUUUAGAAGUAUGUCCAAAAAAUUCUUAAACAGAAGAUCGUUUUCACCAUCGAACUUGGGCAAUAAAGUGAUCCCUGGAAUUAGUUUAAGAAACUCAUUUAACAAAAAUAGGAAUAGUAGUUCUGAUUUUUUUAGUACGAACCAGGGGCAACAAAUGCCAAGAACAAGUACUGCAGGCUCAGGCAAUAUCCAUGCAAUAAUGGGUUUGGAUUCUGGCAAUAAUGAUUUCAAGUUACAAGGUAUUGAAUAUUCUUCAGAGAAGAAAAACAGUGAAUUUCAUACCCUUUUCAAAGAUUGUGAUAUUAAUCCUAACGAAAAAUUAAUUGUCGAUCAUAGUUGUGCUCUAUCUCGUGAUAUUCUCUUACAAGGGAGGAUGUAUAUAUCUGACGCCCACAUUGGAUUUUUCUCAAACAUUCUAGGAUGGGUUAGUACAGUUUUCAUUCCAUUCAAGGAAAUCGUUCAGAUUGAGAAAAAGACCACGGCCGGAAUUUUCCCCAAUGGUAUUGUAAUUGAUACAUUGCAUACAAAAUACAUCUUCGCCUCUUUUAUGUCAAGAGAUGCUACCUUUGAUUUGAUAACUGAUGUAUGGAAUCAGAUCAUCUUAGGUAAAAAGUAUAGGAAUGGCUUCGCAAGUAAUGACGAUGGCACGUUAAGUGAUUCGAGCAGUGCAUUCUUUGAUGAUUAUGAUGAUAAUGACGACGAUGGAGACCUGGGAGAUGACGAUCCAGAUAUUAAUAGCACAGAUAUGACAUCUAGUGACGAUAUUGAUGCUGAUAUUUUUAAUGAAUCGAAUGAUCUUGGUAAAAAUCAAAAAUCUACGAACUUUUUAUUGGGUCCUAACAAACACUCUCCAACCACUGCUAAUUUCAAACCUUCCAGCAAUGACCAUUUGGUUGUUGAAGCAAAUAUUAAUGCGCCAUUAGGAAAAGUGGUGAAUCUGUUAUAUGGUGAAGACGUGUCUUACUAUGAAAGAAUCCUAAAAGCCCAGAAAAAUUUUGAGAUAUCGCCAAUUCCUAACAAUUUCCUCACGAAGAAAAUUCGUGAUUAUGCAUAUACAAAACCUUUAUCAGGUAGUAUUGGUCCGAGUAAAACAAAAUGUCUAAUUACGGAUACUUUAGAGCAUUAUGAUUUGGAAGACUAUGUUAAAGUACUCAGCGUUACUAAGAACCCGGAUGUUCCUUCAGGAAAUAUCUUUUCAGUGAAGACUGUUUUCCUUUUCUCUUGGGAUAAAAACAACUCGACCAAAUUAACAGUUUACAACUCUGUCGAAUGGACGGGUAAAAGUUGGAUCAAGAGCAUGAUUGAAAAGGGAACAUUUGAUGGUGUUGCGGACACUACAAAGGUAAUGAUAUCUGAGAUUAAGAAAAUUUUAAGCGAUGAAGAUUCAAAUAUAAAUUCAAAGCAGCAAGCCAGCAAUAAUGAAUCAGAGGAAGAGACUGUCAAUCUACCCACUAUUGGACCUCCUGUUCAUGAUCCAACAGAACCCGAUUUUCAAAAAGGAAAAGACGAUACAGUUAUUGAUGAAAAAAUCAAUAUCCCGGUUCCUUUGGGAACUGUGUUUUCACUAUUAUAUGGUGAUGAUACAUCUUACGUCAAAAAAAUUAUCGAAAAUCAAAAUAACUUUAAUGUUUGCGAUAUUCCAAAAUUUGUGAAUAACACAAGAGAGAUUACCUAUACCAAAAAAUUGAACAAUUCAUUCGGUCCGAAGCAAACUAAGUGUAUAGUUACAGAGACCAUCGAACACAUGGAUUUGAACAGUUUCUUUAUGGUAAAACAAAUAGUUAGAUCUCCGGAUGUUCCGUACGGUAGUUCAUUCUCAGUGCACACAAGAUUUUUUUAUUCUUGGGGUGAUCACAAUACAACAAAUAUGAAAGUUGUCACUAAUGUUGUUUGGACGGGUAAAUCCAUGCUUAAAGGAACCAUUGAGAAGGGUUCGAUUGAUGGACAAAGAAGUUCAACCAAGCAACUCGUAGAUGAUCUUAAGAAAAUCAUUUCCAAUGCUAGUUCAACGAAGAAAAGAUCGAGGAGAAGGGGCAAGACGAUGAACAAAAGAAAAUCAUCACCGUCCACUACUAAAAAUGAAAACAAUGAAGAAAACAUCGAAGCUACAAGUACCAAACCUUCAUUUUUUUCCGUUUUUUCCGUGCUGCAACAAGUGAACAUAACUUCAGUUCAAGGAAUUAUGACGAUCAUCUCUUUUUUUAUUUGCUUGGUUUUCUUCUUUAGAUUAUUAUUCCAUUCUAGUAAUACUUCCAGCAUCCAGAUUAUUACUCCAGGAAAAAUCUCAAUUAAUGGAAAUGAAUAUAACUACGUUCCUAACUUUAAAACACUUUAUCAUGUCUACGAAGAUAAUAUCAUAAAGGAUGCUCACCGUAAAGACUCGAAUAAGAAAAACAUAGUCACCGAUACAGAGGGUCUCAUAUGGGACUGGUUGAUAGAUCGUGGAAAUGGAACCGUUCAAAAUGGUAUUUUGUCCAAUCGUAUGAAGGAAGGUAACGGCAAAAAGGUUAAGCUCGUAAAUGAAGUCAGUGAUCACAAAAUACAGCAGCUAGUUGAAUCUAUAAAAAUCACCGAAUUGCAGCUGCAAGAAAUGAAAGAAUUACUGGCCCAAACGGAUAACGCAUCAGUGGCUAACCAGUUACUAUAA